CACACGCUGGCUGAUUUUACAGUCAAUCUUUCAAAGUGCAAUUUGUCUAGGAAAAGCCAAUGUGAGGCCCGUGAGGGUUUCCACCAAUGGCGACGCGGCUCGAGCAGCUCAGCCAGUCUCGGGUCUGUAUUCUAAUGGGCCCCAUCUUUAUCAGGGAAAUGUUGCUUCUCUGAACUUGAAACUUCUCAUGGAGGGUCCCCAGACUCUGAGGCAGAGAAGGGGCCUGAGCUGAGGCGCGGGGAGCCACCUCUCCCCAGGCCGGGCAGGGACAGAAGGCAGGGGCGCUGAGAGGGCUCGCACCUGCCCUGGGAGCUCCUGACUUCCCGGCGGCUGACGUGGUCCCGGCCCCGGACAAGGGCUGGGCCGGAUGCCUGGGUGGGAGGGCGGCCUGGGGCUCGGGCAGCUUUGACCCUCCGGAGCUGCCAUGGGAUUCUGGGCCGGAGCUCGGGGGCUCUAGGGGCCUGGAUUUGGGCUUCCCACCUCCCCUUGGCCCUUUGGGGGGGCAUGGAGUCCAACCUGCAGGGCCCGUUCCUGCUGAACAACGCGCCGCUGGCUCAGUUCUCGGAGGUGAAGGCCCCUGUGUGCCAGUACUCUGUGCAGAACUCCUUCUACAAGCUCAGCCCUCAGGGUCUGGGCCCCCAGAUGCCUGCGGGGACCCCGCACGGGAUCACGGACAUCCUCAGCAGGCCCGUGGCCGCGCCGAACAGCAGCCUCCUCUCCGGCUACCCCCACGUGGCCGGCUUCGGUGGGCUCGGCUCCCAGGGGGUCUAUUACGGUCCCCAGGUGGGGAAUUUCUCCAAGGCGGGGAACGAGUACCCCACCCGGACCCGGAACUGCUGGGCGGACACCGGCCAGGACUGGCGAGGCGGGAGGCCGUGCAGCAACACCCCGGACCCCCUGAGCGACAGCAUCCACAAGAAAAAGCACAGCCGGCCUACCUUCACGGGGCACCAGAUCUUUGCCCUGGAGAAGACCUUCGAGCAGACCAAGUACUUGGCGGGUCCCGAGAGGGCGCGGCUGGCAUACUCGCUGGGGAUGACCGAGUCGCAGGUCAAGGUGUGGUUCCAGAACCGGAGGACCAAGUGGCGGAAGAAGAGUGCCCUGGAGCCCUCGUCCUCCACGCCCCGGGCCUCGGGCGCGGACCGCGCGGCCUCGGAGAAUGACGACGACGAGUACAACAAGCCGCUGGACCCCGACUCAGACGACGAGAAGAUCCGGCUGCUGCUCCGCAAGCACCGCGCCGCCUUCUCGGUGCUCAGCCUGGGCGCGCACGGCUGACCGCGCCGGCCUCCGCGUCCCCGCGGUUC